GAAACAAAUCGAUGAUCAAACAGGAAUGAAUAUUGAGGAAAAGUUAGAAUUAUUUGAUGAACUACGUCAUGUUCCAGUUUAUGUAUUGACUAACAGCAAUGGUAAUGAAUCGAACAAUCCGAUUUCUAAAGAUGAAAUUGAUCGGAUCAAUUAUUUGCAAAAAUGCUCCUUGCAAUUACAGAUCGAAUUUAACAAUAUUGUUGUAUGCAGAACGUUGCACAGAUCACUUGAUGGCAACUUUCAAGCUUAUUUUGGACAAAUUUAUAAUUUACAGGUGAAAGAAAUUCCUGAAUCCGUAACAAUAACAAUUUUUGAGAAAGUACCGAAGACAGAAGCUCGUAAAAUUGCGAUAGUUGGUUUACCGUUACCCGAUGAAGAUAGUGUUACGAGUGAACGAAAUAUUGUGGAACCAAUGCAGUUCGCCAGUGAUCUAAUUAUAAAUGGGAUGUAUUCUAGCCUUGGCUCUGGUAACCAUAGACCAUGUAUAUCUGGUGAGUUAUACUGUAAUGUAUCGUGGGCUAAACAAGGUACAUUUAUAACAAGCAAAUAUCAACGAUGUCCAAUCUUUACGCUGCAACAACAGUCAUCUAAUGAUGCUGAUAAUUUUGAUUUAAUACCUAAAGAAGUUCGGUUGUGCUCUGAUGAAUGGUUUGAUAAUGAUAUCAGAUUUAAAGCGUUAGAAAUCCGUAGUCAACAAAGAACAGGCGUUAAGAAACCAAUUCCAUUGUUAAAUUCAGAAAUUGAGCAUCCUAUGACAACGCCAAAUUAUGUAUUGAAUCAAUAUAAUUAUAAAACAAAAAUUGAUCGGUAUCGAAAAAUCGGCAAUCAAUAUUCUCUUAUGAUACGCAAUCGCUUUUAUGAACAAGCAAUACGUGAACAAAAUAUGAAGAUGAUACAGGAUUUGGUACGUGAAGAACCACUUCCAAAAUUAUUCGGAACGUUUGAUAUUUUUCCAUUUAGCUCUAUCGAAAUACCACGAAAAUUGAAACCACGAAGACAAUCAGCAAUUAAACAAAAGGUAACAAGUGAUAUGGAAUAUCAUCUUGUUGUCAACAUUCAUUCAGCAGUAAAUCUUCCGGAACCUGAACAAGGAAAGUUACUAUCGUUUGUUGAAGUUUCAUUCCAGGAUUCACUAGCGCAAACAACAAUAUCUAAUGGACGGAAUCCAUACUGGCAGCAAACUCUUGAACUAAAAUUAGAUCGUCUUCGUACAGCUAAUAAUGAUUUUAGCGCAAUUACAGAUUCAAUAAAAAUUGCAGUUUACGAUCGGCUGGUCACUAAACUUGAUGCUGACGAUCGUGAACCUAAUUCAGUACAUGAGCAAUUAGAACGGCGAUGGUUAGGAUCUAUUUUUGUACCUCUGACAACUGUUUACUUCAGUGGCAAAAUUGAUGGUUGUUUACGUCUCCAAACACCACUAUUUCUUACUUCCUACAGGAUUAGUAAUCAGCCAGCAUAUCUCAAAUUGUUGAUAUCUUUUAAACCAGAUAUAUGUCCGCCACAAAUUGCAGACAUCAAAUAUUCGAGUGUUGAUGAGAAUAGUGCAAUACGAAAAAAAUCUUUAGAAUGGGAGCAAAAUGCUAGAAGCCGUUUUGCGCACCGUCGUUAUGUUAGUAUUGUACAAAGUACUACUGGCAAACGAAUAUUAGCAUGCAGAUUCAUCCGACCAAUCAAACCACCAGUAAGCUUAUCAGCUCUGUCAUCGCAAGCUGUAGCUCGUAUUGCAUGUCAAAUAGUUUCCUACAUACCGUUUACUCAUGAUUCAGUGGUUUCUGCAGGAUUCUGUGAUGUUUGGAUCACUGCUGAUCAGUUUCUAUUAAUCGGUUGUGGAGUUAUGGAUGAGCAUGCUAUACUAUUAUGCUGCUGGUUGUUAUAUCUUGGUAUAAAAUCAUAUGUCCUGUUUGGAAAAUCGCUACCAGAAGGUUCCCGAUCAGCUCAUGUAAUGGCAAUAGUUCCGGAUGGUACCCUAAUCUUAAAUCCAUCCGAUGGUAAUUGUUAUAAAUUAAGUGAUCCUCUCAGUCCUAUCAAAUCUGUUGGUACUGUUGCUUGCGUCGGGAAUUUGUAUGCAAAUAUUCAAAAACAAGAACAUCCAAGUCAAAUGCAAUUUGAUCUAAACAAACGCAGCCAGUGGUUACCAUUAUUUAACAACGAUCAAACUGACUUAAAAUCGGUGCAACCGGAAGAGAUUGCAUAUUUUGAUACAGAUAACGAUGCACUGCUGCAGCUUCGGGCUAAUCUGGAACGUGAAAUUCGCUUAAAAUUUGAUCAAAGUCGUUUGUAUGGAAUUCCACAUUGGAACUUAUUGACUUCUAGGUAG